AAGAAAGUUAAGCGGCAACAUAAUGAAGCUCCACCACACGUCAUUUUCCAGUUUGUUUCUCAUUAUUGCAAUCGCAGCAUUGCUGGUGGAUCAAUCCACAGCCAGUUGUGGAGUCUGCGGCACAAAUGGCAUCGCCUGCAUCAGCGAAACCGAUUUUUAUAUUUGCAGUAACGGCACACCAAACACAAGCAAAGUCCAAACAUGCCCCAACAAUGGUACUUGUACUGCCCUACUGGGAAAGUGCUUUGAGGCCACAAAUGCUCCAGCGGAUUGUACGACCGUCACUUGUGGCUGUACCGUCGACAGUGGCACAUUCGCCUGCACCAGCCGCACCACCUUCGCCCAAUGCAAUGGAAACGAAACCGUAGCGACGGGAACCUGUCCCACAGGUUUAAUUUGUUCUACAAAAGGCGGAGAGAUUUGUAAGGAUGCAUGCAUAUUGGAAGGCGUGAUAGAAUGCGAUAAAGAUGCGUCUACGAGUUAGAUUCAAGAAAUAUUUCAUAUUCUGCAGACAAACAUACAUACAUCUGCGUACAACAUAAAUACAUUUUGGAAAACUUAUAAAUAUUAUGUGACUAGGGUAAAAUUGACGAAGAAAGAAUUCAAUAAAAGUAAAAAUCAAUAAG